AUGCUGACUGUCCUUACAGCUCGAGAGUGUACUGUCCCCUGCUUCUCCUGUGCUCUCCAUUGGUAUCAAGGUCUUGAAACUAAGGAGGUCAACCGCCUUUCUGUUGUUUUGGGUCCAGUAUGGGGUCCCGGUGGCAACCAGACUGCCAAGCUCGGUGGCAUCCACCUAUCAUCCACUGCCCAUCUCACCAAAGUCCCUCCCUCCCAAAAGUGGCAGUGCAUCCUUGUAAGGGAUGAGCUUACCCAAAGGAUGUCCCAGUCUUGA